AUGGAAGGUCCUAUUGAAUUUAUUGAAGGUAUUGCAACAGGUAGUAAAUAUUUAUUAGGUUCUGUUGUUGGUGGUGCUGCUGGUGCAGUUUCAAAAGUAACUGAAGCAGCAAGUAAAGGUUUAGCUACAUUAACAUUAGAUAAAGAUUAUCAAAAUGCAAGAAUUCAAAGAAAAGAAUAUCAAUCUCAAGCAACAUCUGAUAUUGUUGCAAGUGGAAAAAAUGCAAUUAAGGAUGUUGUAUUAGGUGUUCAAGGUGUUGUUAAAAAACCAGUUAAAGGUGCAAAAAAAUCUGGUGGAAAAGGUUUUAUUAAAGGUUUAGGUAAAGGUUUCCUUGGUCUUGUUGCAAGACCUGCAAGUGGUGUUGCAGAUUUAACAAGUUCAUCAUUUAAAUUAAUUAAAAGAGUUGCAGCACAUGAAGAAAUAAUUCAUCGAGUUCGUAAUCCACGUCAUGUUGGAAAAGAUGGAAUUGUUCGACCGUCAGUUGCUCAUGAAACUUUUGGAUCUUUUAUAUUUGAUCAAUUUCCUGAUGAUAAACACUACACUACGGAAGGUUAUAUUGCACAUAUAAAUGCGACCAAAGAACCAUCUACUUUAUUUUUUGCUACAACAAAACGAAUAUUAUUUUUAAUUGAAAAUAAAUCUUCAUCAUUUGGUUAUGAUAUUGAAUGGGAUUAUCAUUUAAAAGAAAUAAAAGGAACACCAACUGUCACAUUUGAUCCAAAUUUUAUUGAAAUAACGUUAAAAGAAACAAACGUAUUUGGUAUGACAAAAAAAGAUACUUUACAUGUACGAGCUGUUCCAUAUGAAAAUAUUGGUGAAGCAAGAUAUAUUGUCGAUAAAAUUAUUGAAACAAUGAAAGCAUUGGAAGUAUAA